AUGUUGGAUCGCGUUAUUAAUAGGAAGGCGAUCAACGAAAGGAUGUGUGUUUUGAGGAUAAAAGGCCAGUUCUACAACUACAUCAUCAUCAACGUGCCCUUUCCGCACGAAGGCAGACCCGACGACGAGAAGGAAGCGUUCUAUGCGCAGCUGGAAGCGACAUACGACAGCUGUUCACCACGGGACAUCAAGAUCGUCAUCGUGGAUAUGAACGCCCAGGUUGGUAGGGAAGCAAGGUACAGACCGGUGAUAGGCCCGUCCAGUCUACACACCGACACGAACGACAACGGCUUGUGGAUAUCCAUAAGGCCACUUGGAGAUCACCUGACCAACAUACCACAAACCGAAUUGACCACGUCCUCAUCGAAGGCCGAUUUUUUCUCAAACAUCACUAACAUACGCUCCCUGCGCGGUGCGGAUAUUGACACGGAUCAUUACCUAGUAGGACUACAGGUGCGAUCAAAACUAUCGAGAGCUUACAACUCACGGCAAAACCGCCAUCCUCGGUUUAACAUUCGGCAGUUAAAAGACCCGCAAGCUGCCGAGAAUUACGCGCGCCUGUUGGAUGAGGCACUACCCUCCUCUGGGGAGCUAAAUGCUUCGAAUCUCGAAGACGACUGGAGUAAGAUUAGCUCUGCCAUCGAAGAGACCGUAACCGCGCGCCAGCAGGAGGACAGGGAUCGUGACGAAUUAGAACAACUAUUUCAGGCUAAUGAUACGCGCAAGUUCUAUAAGAAGGUGAACCAAUCUCGUAAGAGCUACACACCGAAUCCAGAUAUGUGUAGGGACGAGAAAGGAAACCUGAUUACAAGCGAGCGCGAGGUGGUCGACAAGUGGCAGCAGUUCUUCGAUAAGCACCUCAAUGGUGAGAUAGCAGAUGGAGGCGUAAUGGAAACCUACCUGAGAGUGCCUUCAAACGAUAAUGAUGUCCCAGUCCCCGAUCUCCAGGGGAUGCAGCGAGAAAUCGGGCUGCCGAAAGCAAAUAGAGCCGCUGGAAAAGACCGACUUCCGGCCGAGCUCUAUAAACACGGUAAAAAUACACUGGCAACGGCCCUUCAUUGGGUAAUAUCCAGGAUUUGGGAGGAGGAGAAAUUAUUGGAAGAAUGGAUGGAGGGUAUUGUUUGCCCCAUCUAUAAAAAGGGCGAUCGGUUUGAGUGCGGCAACUACCGCGCUACUAUAACGCAGACUAAUAAGCGAAUUCAUAAAAUCUCAUGA